CUUGUAGGGUGUUUAGUUGAGUGGGAAAUAUGGGGGAGAUUGAUACCAAACCAAUCGAAUCAGUCCAGGCUGCUUUGUCCUUGUUUGAAGACAAAGCUGAUCACCGGAAACCUGGCCCUACCGGCACCACCGAUAAGGAGAGUGAGAAAGAGAGAGAAAUUGAAGGUAUACUAAAAAAUUUGGCCAACUACAAGGUGCAAUUGGAAGCAAAGGAUGCUACAUACAUGCAAGCUCUCCUUAAGCUGCAACACCAUCAGUACACAGCAGAUGAGCUUUCCACUCUGCUUCAAAGCAUUCAAAUUGAGAGAGAUGAAUACUUACGAGAAUGUAAAGAGGUCAGCACUCAUGUAGAUGAACUCGAGUCCAAGGUGAAGGAGAUGGCAGAUCAGCUUUUGGAAACUGCCAAGCUACGCGAGCAGCUUAUGCAUGUUUCGAGUGAGUUGAAGGCCACACAAGCGGAGCUGUUUAGCGUGGAAACUGACCUCGCGCGUGCUAGAGACUCAGAGCUCAAGGCCCUAACACAAGUGAAACUGAUGGAGACUUCUUUCAACAUGGAGAAAGAGAGGAUGGAAGAGCUUGUGAGACAUGUCGCAGGUCUCAAUGACACAAUAUUCAUGUUAAAAGAUACUGCCAUUGAAGCCGAGAAUGAGAAGUGGACCAUGUUAUCAGAGAAAGAUGCCGAGAUCGAGUUAGCUAGACAAGCUGAUCUUAAAGCACAGGAGCAUCUAGAUGAUGCGAGAACACAAACACUAGCUUUUCAGAAGUUGGAGAAUCAGCUCUUUUCCAAAUCUGUGUACAUUGAAAUGCUUGAAUAUGAGAUCAACAGGGUAAAUGAACAACUUAUUUUGUCCGGGAAGGCUGCUUCUGAUGCUAUUAGUAGUCUGAAACUAGUACAAGAAGAGUUGGAAGGGAAGGAAAGAAAGAACUCGGAUCAGGAAGUUUUCCCACUUGAAAUAGAAUUGAAUAAUUUUAACAAAGAGUUUAUGAAUGCUAAUGAAGUAACUAGUCGCUUGAAGCUUGAUGUUGAACAUCUAACCGGCGAGUUACAGGAGGCAAGAAGUGAGAUCGGUGAGAUCAAACAGAGGGAAAGCAAUGCACUAGUUGAGAUAGCAAUGCUAGAAUCAGAGCUGCAUAGACGAAGGUCAAAAGUUGCAGCAGCAGAGGCAACUGAAGCGAGAAAGGAGAACAGGAAAUCGGGGAUGUAUCUUGCAAUUCAGCAACUAGCAAUAGAAGCCGAAAAUGACAAGAAGGAGAACAGAAUGUUAAAACAAGGAGCAGAUGGUGUAGAAGAAGAAGUUGAAGAACAAUUUCAAGAUGCUGAAGCUUUUGAAAUUGACGAACUCAAGGUUGAAGAAGAUCAAGAAGAAAGAAAACAAAAGGAUGAUGGACAUCUCAUAACAAUUUCGUUGAAGGAAUAUGAAUGCUUGAUUGAGAAGGCCGAGAAGGCUGAUCAAAUUCCUUUGUCAUUGGAGAAGGAACUUAGUCAUAGAAGACAGUCAAGCUUGAGUGUCAUGGAAGAGGAAGAUAAGUCUGAGUUGGAAAGGUUGAAGAAGGAAUUGGAGGCUGCUUCAGCGAAAGUAGCGCAGUUCAGGAACAGAGCAGAACAAGCAGUUACGAGAGCUGAUCUUGCAGAGACAGCUAAAGCUGGACUCGAGGACCAGAUAAGGCGAUGGAGAGAGCACAGGCAAAAGAGAAAGGCUGCUCUUAAUGCACUUAGGGAGGUAACAGCUCCAAGAGAAUAUGGAUAUCAUGCUCCUAAAGAAUUUAGCCUUCCUGAAUACGAUGAAAUACAAAAGGAAAAUCCCCCACUAAGUCAGGUGCUUAACUUGAAAUUCUAGCUGUACAAUAUAGGCCAGCUAGUGUGUUCAUGUGAAUGGAAUAUAUUACUGUUGCUUCUUGAUUUUAA